AUGAAAAGUUUUAUUUUAUUAUCUUGUUUAACACUUGUCGCCGCCAGGCCGGAAGCUGGAUAUAACUAUCGUCCUGGCGGAGGAUCCGGUGGUGGUGGUGGUGGUUUCGGUGGCGGUGGCCAUGGUGGAGGAUCCGGUGGUGGUUUCGGCGGUGGUGGCCACGGAGGAUCCGGAGGUGGAGGAUUUGGAGGUGGUGGCGGUUUCGGAGGAUCCGGAAUAGGAGGAUUUGGAGGUGGAUCCUUUGGAGGUGGCGGUGGAGGUGGAGGUGGUGGUGGUUUUGGUGGUGGUUUUGGUGGUGGAUUUGGAGGUGGUGGUGGCGGUACUUUAGUUCAAAAACACAUAUAUGUGCAUGUACCUCCCCCAGAACAAGAAGAAAUUCGCCCACAAAGACCUUUGCCUCAAGCUCAAUCUCAAAAACAUUAUAAAAUUAUUUUCAUUAAAGCACCAUCUCCACCAUCUUACCAACAACCAAUUAUUCCAGUUGCACCACAAAACGAAGAAAAAACAUUGGUUUAUGUUUUGGUUAAGAAACCCGAUGAACAACCUGAUAUUGUUAUUCCAACUGCUGCUCCAACUCAACCAUCUAAACCAGAAGUUUACUUUAUUAAGUACAAAACACAAAAGGAAGGUGGCGGUAUUGGAGGUGGAAUUGGUGGAGGAAUUGGUGGUGGAAUUGGUGGGGGAAUAGGUGGUGGAAUUGGCGGUGGUACUGGUAUCGGUGGUGAUAUUGGUGGCAAUGAUAUUGGCGGAGGAUCAGGACCAUCAACAUCUUAUGGGCCACCUGGUAAAUCGGGACCAUAUUAAAUUCAAUCAAGCCGAUAACGAACAUAAAAAAACAAAAAGCUGCAAUAAAAUAUGUGAAGCUAUUAGCUAGUCCUUUUAUAGAAAAAAAAAACGAAAUGAUAACCGAAUUUAAAAGAAAAACAAAAAACAUUUGCAAAAAAACCUAAAAAAAAACAAUUAAACGAAAAUUGUGAAAAACUCAUUUCCAAAAACAAAAACUAAAAAAAUCC